AUGGUCUUCCGUCUCCACGUUGUCCGACAUGCCGAGGGCAUCCAUAACCCUAAGCAUGAUAUUUCAAUCCUAGACCCUCCUUUGACGCCAAAAGGCGUCCAGCAAUCUGAAAGGCUCUCACAGAUAUUCCCCUUCAAUGAGAAUGUCGGUCUCGUCAUCACUUCACCACUCAAACGGACACUUCAAACAACCCUUGUCGGUUUCCAGCAAACGCUGGACGAGAAAUAUUACCCAGAGACGUCAGCAAGCGGACAGUCCAAUGGCGCGAGGCUUUCAGUAUCGCCUGAUAUCCAAGCCCAUUCAGCUCGUCCGUGCGACACCGGCUCUGACCAAACUAUUCUGCGAUCCGAAUUCCCUCAUCUUCUGUGGGAUGAGCUACCCUUCGACCCAUUGUUUCCUGCCAAAGAAGGACUGUACGCUCCAGAUCGGGAAGCGCUGAUUGAAAGGGGGCGAAGGUUCCAAAGUCUCCUCGAGAAGGAGUUUGCGGCGUUGGCGGAUACUGGACGACCGGAUAUUGUCGUUGUCUCGCAUGGGGGUUUCAUGAAGUACAUAAUAUCGCAUGAGAAAUUGGCUUUUGAUCAGGCGGGCUGGAUGAGUUUUUUUGUACGGUUUGAUCGCGAUUCUGGAAUGACGUCGAUGGGAAUUCAGCAAUGA